AUGCCACGUCCGGGAAAAAACUCUUACAGCGACCAGAAACCGCCGUACUCCUACAUAUCGUUAACGGCAAUGGCCAUUCAGAGCUCGCAAGAAAAGAUGCUUCCACUCAGUGACAUUUACAAAUUCAUCAUGGACAGGUUCCCUUAUUACAGGGAAAACACCCAGAGGUGGCAAAACUCCUUGAGACACAAUCUCUCCUUCAACGACUGCUUCAUUAAGAUUCCGCGCAGACCCGACCAGCCCGGGAAGGGCAGCUUUUGGGCCCUGCAUCCUGACUGCGGGGACAUGUUCGAAAACGGCAGUUUCCUUCGCAGACGAAAGAGAUUCAAAGUGAUGCGCUCCGAGCACCUGGCGAGUAAAAACUCCCCCAUGAUUCAUUACUUUCACCACCAGCACCAUCAGGCCAAAAUAGGUAUCGCGCCUGCGGAGCCAACCGGGGGCCUGGGGAGACUGUCCCAGUUCCAGACUUACAGCAUCAACGGCGGACAGUCGGGGGGAUUUAAACAUCCCUUCGCCAUUGAGAAUAUCAUAGGAAGAGAUUACAAAGGCAUGAUGGCGAGUGGGCUGCCCAUUGCUUCUGUCAUGCACCACCUAGGGUACCCUGUACCGUCGCAGCUGAGUAGCGUGGUCAACUCCAUGUGGCCGCAAGUCAGCAUGCUGUCGGAGUCCAUGGCACCUUUGCCAGUCACAUCCGAAUACGGACCUUUUGGAGUCCCGAUGAAAGGUCUUUACCAUCCAAGCGGACAGAACAUGCCGGCAGUUCCCGUUCCGAUUAAAGCUACUCCCGCGCUAGGGCAAGCCCCGGCUCUGCCAGGCCUGAGUAACAGCCCGGUGCAGUUCUGCACCACCGCCUCCUCUGCACUACUGGAAAAAAGUAUGCCCGAUCUCACGGAUGCAAAGGGCAACAGCCUACAUCCUGCGCUUUUACUCUCCUAA